UAGGAAUUUGUGUUCAAUCUCGGAAUGUUGAUUUAUACAUAACGCAAAACCAUGGAACUGUAAUGUUAUGCUAGCUUUGUUUCUGUUUUACUUUAUCUUUUUUCAAUAUACCACACUUUAUAUGGCAUGCAUAUUUCCUUAACAAUGAUGACUUUUACUGGGACUCAUCUAGUCCAUUGCUGUAUGACAUGCUUAUAAAAUUUCAAUAAAAACAACUUAAAAAACCCCCAAAAAAAACAACAAAUGCUCUGUAGUGUCUAAAGAAAUGCAUGUUACAGCCUGGUUAUAAGGCCCCCCUAAUAAUCAUGUGUUUCAUCCCAGGGAAAGUUACGGAGAACAUCGAAGAGUUUUGUAAUAGCUGGAGAGAAAAUGCACCCCUUGAAGCCGCAUCUCUACCCUCUCCAAAUGAGCCAGUGUGUGACGGGCAGAGCCAGGAGGCCAAACAGACAGGACAUUCCAUGUGCAGCUUGAUACUACAGCCCCCAUUCCAGAGCUGCCACGAGUCUUUCAGUCCCUUCCCUUUCAUGGCUGCCUGUGCCAACGAUAUGUGCUUGUCUGGAAGUGACACGGCCACAUGGUGUUGGGCUCUUACUGAAUAUGCACGUGCCUGUGCUCAGGUGGGACACUCCAUGGCUGGAGGGCCGUAUACAAGCAGUGUGCACAUGCACAGAAGGGAAGUGGAUUUGCACAAACAUUACCUGCCCUGCCUCCUAUGCAUCUGAAAGCUGCAGUAUCCUGACCAAGGACCUCUUUGCCCCUUGCCACCCCCUUUCUUAGCCCUGUGUCCUACUAUGAAAUGUGCUGGGGUGAUACAUGUAAGUGCGGCCCAGCCUGUAUGUGCUCUGCCCUGGCACACUACGCCCAUCAGUGCCGCCACUAUAGAGUCCACAUCAAUUUCAGAAACAAGUGUCUCCGACUAUGGUACGUACAGGCUGUGUGUGACUUACUGGGGGGGGGGACACAGGUCUGUAUAAUACUUAUGUGUUUAAAUGUACACAGUGCUGCACAAAGACAACAUAGACAUGAAUUGAAUGGGUCAAACCCUAUCAAACCAGCAAUGAAU